AUGUCCCAACGUUCGACACGCGCCGCUCGACGCGACGAGUCCUCUCGCGGGAAGGGGCGUCCUCCCACAGGCUCCAACAGUGCUGCGGGGACUGAGGAGAGGGCGCCGCCAACGCCGACGGUGAUAACGCCUCCCAUGGAAAAUCCUCAUGGCGACGGUGCAGACUCGACGCCGACGCCUCUUCGGGGGCGGUCUCCUCAGGUGGGGCCGGGACCGGAGGGGUGUGCGGCAAAGGCCUGUCAGGGGGAGCCUGGGGGGUCGGCUGGGGCUGGGCAUGCGGUGGCGCGGGCUGGGACGGCGGAGGAGUCUGCACCCGCGCCUGCCGCCGUCUCUGGCGCCGGCUUAGCCGCGUCCGCGAUGGCUGAUGCAGGAGGCCCUGCUGCGGGCCAGGAGGGGGCGGGUGUUGAGCCGGUACUGGCGGAGGAGGCGGAGGUGGCGGCGUCGCCAUCGCCGGUGGAGGCGUCUGCGAUUGCCGAGGUUGUGGCUGUCGCUGCAAGGGGCGGGGCCGAGGUGCAGGCCGUGGGGGAUUCGGUGGGCGCCGCUGCGCCCGUCGGAACGAAUGCUGCUGACGUGGGCGGAGACAGUCGGGUGCGCGGCCAGACGACUGGUCACGGAACUGGCGCUGCCUCCUCCGCCCCUGGGAAUUAUGGGAGGAAGCUUCGUGCCCAGCCAGCGCCGAGGCGGCUCGGAUCAGGGCUGGGACCUGGCUCCCCAGGACCCCUCCUGGGCUGGCUUCGGCAAGGGCAACCGCAACCAGAGCGAGUGGGUCGGGCGGCAUCGCGGAGCCGACAGGAGACCGGCGGGCCUGCAAGGGAAGGAGACGACCCCGCGCGGAUCGAAGUUGUUCAGCCCGCGGUGGCCACAGCGUCGGCGGCGGCGGCGCGGGUCGAAACACCCCUCGCUGGGGACAGUGUGGCACGCAACACCCGCCACGCGACUCGCCGAGCGGCGAUAACCUGGGGCCCACCCCGCGGAGGCCGCACACCGUGGCUCCCGGCGGGACAAGGACAGAGCGGUGCGGCGGGCGUGCCAACGGGGGUCGGAGGCAGACAGCGAGGGGGAGGAACGGGGGGACGGCGCCGAGGGAGAGGCGGAAGAGCAUUAGUCAGGGGAGUGGAGAUCCCCGAUCGAGUGGGCACGUGGCGGGAGCGACACGAUAGGCCAGAAACAACGGUAGCCCCGACAAAUGAGGAGACCGGGGGCUCUGACAAUGCUGCUGUUGACCCCGGUUUUAUGAGUGAGGAGGAAGCGGAAUCAGAAGAGGUAUCUCUGCAUGAGGAGGCAGGCGUGGAUAGGAACACUUCCAACAUACGAGGACGGGUUUCGGGGGGUAAUACCCAGAACCCCCGUGCCACGGAGGCUCCAGCUGGCAGGCCGGAAGGGUUAGAUGUGUUCUCGCCCUCCGACCUGGCCAACGAUGAUGCCAUCUGGCAGGCGGCAGGGGGAUGGGAGGUGACGCAGCUGCAACGGGUGGACCAACCGCGCAUGGAAGAUUCUCUUAUUUCUGCCGAGGCUGACGCUUCGACCUGCUCCCGAACCUGUCAGUGGAAGUCGUUGGACUGGGAUUGA